AGAGCAGAGGGAAGCCCGGGGGAAGUUCCUCUGGCUUCCCACUUCCUGUUCCCAUCAACCAUCCGGGGCAGGAGGGCAGGGCGGGAUGCCAGGCUUCCAUGAUGAUCAGUACUCCUGGCCAGAUGCCGGGCUACGGGCAGGCACGGGUCCUCCAUCCUGCUGCAUGUAGAGGCGGGGAAAUGAAUGUCCAAGAGAGCUUCAGGCAGCUGAGAAGAAGCAGGUGCCUGCUGGGCGCAGAGGAUCAACCAGUAACUGAGGGUUCGUGGGUUGCCUGUAUUUUAAAUAUCAGGAAAGGAGCUGGGGUCAGUGUAGACUCUUCCCCAGGGACAGGAGCUGGGUACCGAAGCCCCAGCCAUUCACUCCUAAAACACUUCCCUGGGGCAGACCUUACCCCGGGCAGGCGCCAGGAACACAGAAUUUCCCUGGCUUUCGAGGAGCUCACAGCGGCAAGAGGGGUAUGCUGUCAGCUGUCCAGUGCUUCCAAGAUCCAGUGGGAUCCCCACGGCUGCUGCAGGAGCCCGAGAUUCUGUCUGGGCCUCAGAACCCGACGCUCACGGUACACCAGACGGCGCUGCUGGAAUGCAUCGCCACAGGCCACCCAUGGCCACUGAUCUCCUGGAGCCACCUGGAUGGCCAAUGCGUCGGCGCAGAGGGCAUCCAAGUCCUGGGCACCGGGAACCUCGUGAUCUCCGACGUGUCGGUCCAGCACUCGGGCGUCUACGUCUGUGCAGCCAAUCGGCCGGGAACCCGGGUCCGACGCACAGCACAGGGCGUCCUGCUCGUGCAGGCUCCGCCCGAGUUUGUCCAGUGGCCACAAUCCUUGUCCAGGCCUCCAGGCAGCAACGCCGUCUUCACCUGCGUGGCCCAGGGCGUCCCCGAGCCCCGGCUGGCAUGGUUGAAGAAUGGGAAGGGGCUGAGCCCUGGGGAUAACAUUCGGCUAACCCACAACAACAGCACACUGAUGCUGGCGGGGAUCUCAGCAGCAGACGAGGCCAUCUACCAAUGCGUGGCAGAGAACAGCGCGGGCUCCAACCAGGCCAGUGCCCACCUGGCUGUAUGGGACCCAGAGCCACCCCCUGCCCCCAGGGGUCUGCGGGCAACGGCUCUCUCCACCUCUGCCAUUCGAGUGUCCUGGGAACCACCGCCCUCCAACGGGGACAUCACCGGCUAUGUGCUGCACCUCCGGCCCGUUGGAGAGCCAGCUGGCCCGGAGCUCCAAGAGGCCGUGGGCAAAGGCACCUUUGAGCAUGUCUUCUCCAGUCUGGAGCCUGACACGGUCUACUCUAUCCAUUUGCGGGCCUACUCAGCAGAGGGUGCCAGCCAGGACCCUGCCUCCAUCCACGCUUCCACCAUGGGCAGCAAGCCAGCCGCUCUCUAUGAGAUCAAGGUCCAGGCAUUCAGUGGCAACGGGGAUGGUAACAGCAGUGCCCGUGUUGUCUCUUUGCGUGAUGUGGCCCUAGCCGCCCCUGCCUCUUCUGCAGACAGGGGUCCCAAGAUUGCUGGGCAGUGCCUCAGACUGCCUCGGACAGAGCUGGGGGCUGCAGAGGCCAGGCUCCGAGUGGAGGGAAGCCGGGGGAGAAGACUGAACUCAUCACCCAGGUGACCGUGGAGCAGCCGCCCUUAGCCUAGGGCCCUCCAAGUUGGCUCCCUCCCAGAUGCCACUAACUCCGGCCCCACCAAAGAAUCUACGUCACCUUUCCCUGCCACCCCGGAGUCAAGAAAGAACCAAAGGUCCCUAAGCCCCUCUCCGGGGAGGGUCAGGUCUGACCAUAGGGCGAGAGAAGAGGUUGUGAUUUCUGUUUCUCCCUUCUCAAGAAAUGGGGAAAUCUGUGUCUUCCCCAACACACCGAAUGACCUCAAACUAAACCAUGCUCAGGUGGGAGUUCUCUCCAACCCACUAGUCCUCCUCAUAACCCCAUCGAAUAUAUCCUCUUGAUCCAAAUAUGAACUACCCAAAGAUAUAGAGCUUUAAAGCCCCCCGCCCCCACCAAGAGGGGACUCGGGGCAAGGGGCUCUGUCAGCAACUCCAUCUUCCAACCCGAACCCCCAGUCUGAAAUCUGUUUCGUCUCCUCAUGCCUGAGCUGGAGUCUUGACCAGGGACAGGCAACCUGCAUUCCUGGUGGUCUAAAUAGGCAGGUGGGCAAAGGGGCUGCCAAGUUCCUUGCCCCCUUGUCCCAACAUCAUAAGAGUUCUGAACAUCUAAGCUCACACACACUGCUUCUCUGAGCAACCAAAUGCCCAUCUCCCCCUUUCCAGAUCCAAAGCAUGGACCCCUUUUCGGGAGGCAUGCCUCCUCAUUUUUCUAUUUUUGAAAGGAGAUGAUAUUAGUUUGCAUUGAGGUUCUGGUGGCCUUGAAUCCCUCGUAGAAUGAGCACAGACGCUGUGGAGCACCCCACACAUCUAUUCCCCUCAAUUCUAGGUGUCAAAGACCACCUCUUUCCUACUCCUCCCGGCUCCCUUGUCCCUCCUCGUCCAGCUUGACCACAAACCUAAAACCAAACCCCAGGCUCUCCCUCAAUCUGCUUCCCUCCAAGGCUGUCCAGUAUUGUGCCAAAAAGGGGGUAGGGUCUUGGAGGAAGGAAAACCCAGGUCUUAGGGGGACCCCAAACACCGUCUCCUCUGUGCUCUUGUAGGAUGAUGCUCAUACCAGUGACAAGACCCCCAGCAAGGCUGGGCCCUGCCCCUCCCCAACUGCACAAGGGGCAUAAGCAGCUUUAACUAAUAAAUGUGGCAGGGGACCAAGAGGUUAAGAACAGCCCCAAACUUCAGGU